UCACAGAGGAAGCUGCUGUUUUGAUUCAGCACGGGAUGCGAUAAGGACGCAGAAUUUAUUUUCCGGUUGGGUUUUCACUCGGUGGAAGGGAGGAGGCGAUAGGAGAUAUUCGGAAUAACCUCGUUCUCUAGAGUAGAGGACUACGCACUAUUGACUAUAUAAAAGUGUGUUUUACCUGCAGAUGUCCUCAGCAAAGCAUGGCGUUCACAUGAUCACAACUGGGAAGUAUAAAGCUAAAGGGGAAACCAAUCGGACGACACAAAAAAGACCACUCUUUUGAUGAGCACAGCGGAGCUCACCCUGGGGAUGGACGUCAUGGAGGUGAAGGAUGAGUGGCAGGACGAGGACUUCCCCAGACCACUGCCAGAAGAUGGCGACGUUGAGUCAUCAUACGGCCUCACUGACCACAGAACAAACCCCCCCAGCUCCCUGAAGCUGGGGGACUCCGCUGGGCAGGGCAAGCGGCGCACCCUGGUGGCGCCCCACAUGAAGCUAUCCCUGGACCCCAGCGAGGCAUCCCUGGACGACCUGGACGUGGACGCCAUGGAAACGCCCAACGACACCGAUUCGCUGGACAACAGCAACGGCAACGACCUGGAGUGGGAGGACGACACCCCCGUGGCCACGGCCAAGCGGCUCCCAGGGGACAGUGACGGGGAGGAGGAGAGGGACGCCAGCGGGCGGCUGUGGAGGUCCGUGGUCAUCGGGGACCAGGAGCACAGGAUAGACAUGCAGACCAUCAGACCCUACCUGAGGGUGGUCACCCACGGAGGUUACUAUGGUGAGGGUCUGAAUGCCAUCAUAGUGUUUGCAGCCUGCUAUCUUCCUGAGAGCAGCUGUGAGGACUACACCUACAUCAUGGAGAACCUCUUUCUCUACGUCAUCAGCAGCCUGGAGCUGCUGGUGGCCGAGGACUACAUGAUCAUCUACCUGAAUGGAGCCACUCCCCGCCGCAAGAUGCCCGGGAUCAGCUGGUUCAGGAAGUGCUACCAGAUGAUUGACAGGAGGUUACGGAAGAACCUCAAGUGUCUGAUCAUCGCCCACCCGUCCUGGUUCAUCCGCACGGUCCUCGCCAUCUCCAGACCCUUCGUCAGUGUGAAGUUCAUGGAUAAGAUUCGCUAUGUCUAUAGCCUGGACGAGCUCAGCCAGAUCGUCCCCAUGGUGCACGUCCAGAUCCCAGAGUGUGUGCUGCAGUAUGAUGACGAGAAGCUCAGAGUGCAGAAGGAGAGGACUGAACAAGAACAGCCGCAAGUCAACUCAGAAGCAGACAAAGAAAGGCCCAGCUCCACCGUGGGGCACAUUGACCCUGACCUUUGACAGUGAGGUGCACAUAGUUUGAUCAGACUUCAUGCUUUGAAAUGUCCUCCUUCCGAUAACACAAACUCUUGACAUUUGGGGAAAUGUUCUUCAUGGAUCUCGGUUAUAAACACAUGUUAACGGCGAGGAAUAGGCAUCAUUUGAAUUGGUUCCAGACAUUCUUUAAAUGAUUACACGCUGUAUACACAGCGUGUAAUCAUACACGCUGUUGAUUUACCGACAAUUCAUCUCAAACAGUGUCGUUUAUUAUGAAGUCAGUGAAAAAACAUUGUUACACCAUGCUUGGGCAAAGAGAUAUUUUUGCCCAAGUCCCAAGAAGAACCUCUUCCUCUGCUUAUGGGUCUCCAUGUCAAAGUGUGCUGUCACCGGGUCCGAACGCCUAAAAGCACAGCGUGAACUCGGUUUCCAUCCAUGCGUCCCUGUCAGGAGCAGGGCUGCACCCCUGCGUUCCACACUGCCCCAUCUGCUAGGCUCCUCAGCACCGGUCGUACCCCCCACCCGCGGGUGCUGCUAUUUUUAAUGGACGGUACUGUUGAGUAAGUAGUCAACGGGGGUAGUCAAUUAGUGUUCUUCGCCCUUCAGAG